AUGGCGGAUGCACGACCUAGGCAUUCUCUUUCCGGCAGGAACUCGUGGAAGACUGUUCGCACUCUGUUGCGGAGGAUAAUCGCGAAGUCAAAUUCAAACGAGAAAUCACAUUCAACUGUGCUUCAGGGUAUACGAAAAGAUCUGACUCCCACGACGACAGACGAAUCUGCCAAUGUUUCGGUUGCUGAAUUUACGAUACCUCGAAUGCAAAAGGCGCUCGUCGUCGCUCGUAAGGGAGAAUACGAGAUCCGUCAUGACUUCCCUAUGCCAAAGGUUGGAGACGACGAGGUAAUGAUUCGAAGUCACUACGUGGGCUUAAACCCCAUAGACUGGAAAUCCGUUGAUUAUAAUUUCUGCUUGCCGGAGUUCCCUUGGGUUACUGGACGAGAGAUGUCGGGGGUAGUAGCUCAAGUUGGCUCUGCCGUCACAACCUUCAGAGAGGGCGAUUCGGUGUGGACUAGUACAUACUACAAGGACGUCCGUGCCGGCUGCUUCCAGGAGUUUGUCGUCGUGCCCUCACAUACCGUUCUUCCCAUCCCGUCAAACAUACCCUUUGAGGCAGCGGCAUGUUUAGGGGUUGCAGCCUUGACGGCAUCGAUGACUCUGUGGAAGUGGCUCGACGUACCGACUCAACCGUCCACAGAUCGAAUAGGUGAACAGUGGCUUUUAAUCUGGGGUGGCUCAACCGUCACGGGACAAUUCGCUACGCAAAUAGCGAGUCUGAGCGGGAUCAAAGUGAUAACCGUCAACUCGACAGAAACGAGAGAGCUAUCAGAACGCUUAGGCGCAAGCCACGCGGUAGUGAGAGAUGGGAAGACAGACGAGCAGGUGGUGGAUGAGAUCCGGGCCAUCACGGCCGGCAGAAUUACACGAGCAAUUGACUUGGUGGGACCAAAGACAGCAGCAUUGUCGUUAAGUGCUGUAUCGAAAGACGAGCCCGUUCAUUUCGCACCCUUAGCUAUGAUCUCGAGUUCCCAGGCAAUCCCGGAAAAUGUCGUGGUGCAUACAGUCGAGAUGAAGCAAUUUGUUCUCGAUAAGACCAAUGUUCGCUACACCGAAGAGCUCGGUAGACUUUUGGAGAAUGACAAGAUCGUUUUGCCCGAGCUACACUUGAUUGAAGGAGGACUACACUCGGUCGAGGGGGGUUUGGAGAUGCUAAAGAAAGGAAAUUUAAAAGGGAAGAAAUUGGUGGUGCGGAUGUGA